UUGCAGGGCGAGAUGAGCACGGACGCGGCGGCCGGGGCGCCUCUACCCCGGCUCUGCUGCCUGGAGAAGGGUCCGAACGGCUACGGCUUCCACCUGCACGGGGAAAAGGGCAAGGUAGGCCAGUUCAUCCGGCUGGUGGAGCCCGGCUCGCCGGCCGAGAAGUCGGGACUGCUGGCCGGAGACCGGCUAGUGGAGGUGAAUGGCGAGAACGUGGAGAAAGAGACCCACCAGCAGGUGGUGAGCCGCAUCCGCGCCGCACUCAACUCCGUGCGCCUGCUGGUGGUCGACCCCGAGACCGACGAGCGGCUGCAGAAGUUGGGCGUCCAGGUCCGGGAAGAGAUGCUGCGCCCCCAGGAAGGAUCCGGGCAGGCCGAGCCGCCCGCCGCCGCCGAGGAGCAGGGGGCUGGCGGCGAAAAUGAGCCGCCCGCCGCAGCGCCGGAGCCGCACGAGGCCGAGAAGAGCCAUCAGGAGCGGCACGAGCUCCGGCCUCGGCUCUGCUCCAUGAAGAAGGGUCCCAACGGCUACGGCUUCAACCUGCACAGCGACAAGUCCAAGCCAGGCCAGUUCAUCCGGGCAGUGGACCCAGACUCGCCUGCUGAGGCCUCGGGGCUCCGGGCCCAGGACCGCAUCGUGGAGGUGAACGGGGUCUGCGUGGAGGGCAAGCAGCACGGGGAUGUGGUAUCUGCCAUCAAGGCUGGCGGGGACGAGGCCAAGCUGCUGGUGGUGGACAAGGAGACCGAUGAGUUCUUCAAGAAAUGCAAAGUGAUCCCGUCUCAGGAGCACCUGCAUGGUCCCUUGCCUGAGCCCUUCACCAAUGGAGAGAUCCGGAAGGAGAACAGUCGUGAAGCCCUGGUCGAGACGGCCUCCGAGAGCCCCAGGCCAGCCCUGGCAAGAUCCACCUCCAGUGACACCAGUGAGGAGCUGAAUUCCCAAGACAGCCUCAAGAAACAGGACUGCACGGCACCCUCAUCUACCUCCUCCUCCUCCUCCGACCCCAUCCUGGACUUCAACGUCUCCCUGGCCGUGGCCAAAGAGAGGGCCCACCAGAAGCGCAGCAGCAAACGGGCCCCGCAGAUGGACUGGAGCAAGAAAAACGAACUCUUCAGCAACCUCUGAGUGCCCCAGCCACCAGGAAGGCUGGCAGGGCUGGGCCAGCCCCACAC